CCCUGUCAGCGACGUAAUCCAUAUCGCUAAAAGGAGCCCGAUGUGUGGAAGAUUUGGCUUUCACAAAAUUUGAUAGAAUUGUCUGAUUAUUUGUUAACUAAAACUGGUCCCACAUUGAUAAUAAUCUUAGGGGUGUUAUAAAUUGUUUUUAUUGUAAUGGAGUUCUUACUUCUUAAUUAUGAAUUAAAAUAGUAUACUUGAUAGACUUGAUCAGAUGACAAGAAGGAAAUACUGAUAACAAAAUACUGAUUAUAAGUUAAUGAUUAUAUAGUUAAUAAGACACGACUUUUUAAACAGAUAUAUUUAUUCAAAUCGUAGACCUUGUGCAACGUCGGGAACUAUAGACCUAUGGUAUCUAAACGAACACACUAAACGAACGGGUAAAUACUUUUAUUUUGAAAUUAGAUACAUGAGACAAUCUCUUCCGGUGUCAACUUUGUUGUCAGCAACAGUUGUGGAUUGAUCUGUACGUAUUGUUGAGUUACAGAGAACUUUCCAGUUUCUAGUGCUGUGUGUGCAGUGACAGUGUGCUGUAUACACUUACACACACACACACACACACACACACACACACACACACACACACACACACUUCGGCUUCAUAUUAUAACAUGAACCGUGUUGAGUCUCCCAAAGGACUUCACUGCUCCAGCGGCGCCAAAUUCAAAACUAACGCCAAGAACAGAGCUGUGUACAUGUCGACUGACGGACAAUGGACUUAUGUGCAGUAAAUACCAUUAAUUUGGAUGAGUCCACGUCCAGUUCUGAUGCCGCUGAUGUUUUAAUUCGCUCCACUAACGCAGUUUUUGACCAGAAGAACCCGAGUGAAAAUAUGGAGUCGGAUUUAUCUUGCCACAGAGAUGUUAAUAUUUAUGUGCGGAGACUUUCAGACUCUGUUCAUGGUUCCUGUUUGGCUGAAAGCGGAUAUCUGGAGGAGAUGGUUUCUCCUGUGCUUCCUGUAAACACACAUUCAGCUUCACCCACAGCACCUGAAGACCAACAUCAUACAGCAUCAAAUCCAGUUUUUGGAGUUGCCGGUAGAAGUGAUCUUCCUAGAGCAGGUAAAGAUUCACAAAAAACAUCAGUCAAAACAAGAGACACAGAGCAAGAAGGGAAGGAUGUGUUAAUAUCGACAUACUCUACUCAUGGGAGAGGUGCUGUUGUAGCUGCCCUAAAGCACAGAUCCCACAGUGCACCGCUGAGGCGGGAGGUGAAGGUACAGCUGUUGGAUGCAGGAUGUCCACAAAGCAGUGAACCAAAUCUUCCUAAGGUCCAUCCUAACACUGCUUUAUCAUCAGGGGAUGCAGGAGGUGCUUCGACUUCGGCAGCCAUUACAGCUGCUGCCAUUGCAGCCACGGCUCCUCUCAUCAAGGCCCAGAGUGAUAUGGAGGCUCGUGUGGCUCAGGUGGCAUCUGAGUUGCGGCGACUUCAGGAAGCUGAGGGCAGAGUGAACAACACGUUAGAGGGCAGAUCAGGCAGUGGUGCAGACAGAAUGGUCCAGUUGCAGGAUCAGCUGACUGUGCUGACCCAGCAGAGGCUUCAACAUCUGGAAACGACUCAGGUCCUACAGCUUGAGCUGCAGAACCGUCUCUUGGGCUCUGCUCUGGAUGCUGUAACAGCACGUACCAUCCCACCCUCACAAUCCACACUUCAUACAGACUCAGGUGUAACCCUGCCAGAGUCUGUACACAGGCCAGGGUUUAGCAGGCUUCAUGUUGUGGAAAAUGCUGCUACCAGAAAUUCAGGCCCUACAGUUGCCCAUGAGCAAAGCAGGGAGACUCGGAGAGGAGGUGGGAAAAGUCCGCUAGAGAUGCCGGCACCACGUAAUGUCAUCCCCAAACCCACCCACUGGAAUCGUGCAGCCUACAGCAAACAGGACAGGACACACAAACCUGCACAGACAAAACACAGAAAUGGCAGGCUGCAGGAACAGAUCUCUAACAACCAGAAAUCUACAAGACACCCAGCACAGUCUGAUGGAGUAAGGCAAGUUGCCAUAGCAACAAUCAAUGACAGCCAACCAGAGCAUUCAAGAGAGAACCCAGGAGAAACAUCCAUCUUUCGCACUGGAAUGGUUGAACCAGAGAGGCCAGCUGGUGCACUGACCAAGCUUAUGAGCACAAACGAGAGGCAAGAAAGCCUGGAGGGAGUGCCUACUUUAAUCCAUGCAGCUCCAAGCAGCUCCAGCUGCGCUGUGCAACAGGCCAAUGCAAUGCUACAGGAUCUGAGCAGACUCAAAGACGAGAUGAGAAACAUAAUCCAGAAUGCUGAUGCAUUUCCUGUGAAGCUUGCCGAGCCAAGCCACCCUGCACCCCACGCCCUGCCCUCUUCUCCACCCCAGCCCCCACCCCCAGUCUCCAUGGAGAAUCCUAGAGACUGUAAUGGACUUGAAUCGAAGUACAGGCGCCGAAAUUUGGAGCCAUCAGAGCAGGAUGAUGAGGUCACCCCUAAGGCUAUUCCUCUGUUUCGACCCAGCCAGCUAGAGAAUAGCCAUCCACCUGUUUCCAUGUUUGAGGAUGCGGAGUGUGUCCUGAGGCAGGUCAGACAAAGCCGGAAGGUUUUAGAGGAGAAUCUGCAAACAAUUUUGAGAGCCAAGGAUGGAGAGGUGCUUCAUACACAACUAGAAGCACUGUCAAACAACAGGGAUGCCAGCGAGGAGCUGAGAAUAAAAAAGACCGUUGAUGCCUGGAUCAAUACACUGGGCAAGGAGAUUAAGGAUGAGCUAGCACAACAUGGAUCUGUUGUUCAGAUGAAGGCUGUAGAGAGAGAUAGUGUGGCAGCAGGCGGAUCAGCGCAGCAGGAUCAGAGCAGCAGGAGCAGGAGCACAGCUGGGAAAGAGCCUGGAAGACUGGGGAGAGAGCGGAAAGGAGCCACUGCAGCGGCGAGGAGAGAAACCUCUCACAGAGACUCCAAUAGACCACAGGCAGCAAGCACACAGGCUUCCAGCCAAGAGUUUGCCUCAUCUUUCAGAAACAGCACCGAGCAGCACCCACAGGCGUCAAUGGUGCCGAAGUCUGCAGGUGAUGAAGCUUACCUAACAAAGGUGUACGGGAAAGCCUUGUAUGAGGGACAUCGACGCACAAUAAAGAAAGGCCCCUACCUGCGUUUCAGCUCUCCCACACCAAAAUCCAAGGUGCAGCGUCCUAAAAUGGUAGAGACUGUUAAAGGUGUGAAGAUGAAGACCUGCAAGACCCAGACCAGCAUUUCUGGAGCUUGUGGUGCAUCUCUCCUGCAGCCUGUGACCUCUGAGCCCCAGUACCUGUUCCGUCCUUGCAGCCCCAUCCAGGAGCAGCAGCCUGGCUCCCUGUUAAAAGGCUACCUCAUGCCCAUGGCCGUCCCUCUGGGCAAGCCCAGAGUUGAUGGCCAGGCUGCUUUGCCUUCACGGGUCAUCAUUUGUGACAAGCCUGCAACUGUGAUAACCUCCAUCCCUCCUGCCCCCAAAGUGGCUCCUCUUAUCCGUAAGCCCAACACACUGCUGCUGGAAGUUCAGUCUGAACCCAAGAAACCUGCUCCACACCUCCAAAUACAGGUUCAGCCCAGUGUAAACAUUGAGAGUGUAUCAGCCGUGAGCUGCACACCCUCUCCUUCACCUCCUCCUCUUCUCCAUCCUCCAUCCUUUCAGACUGGAGCAGACGCCCAAUCUGAGGAGAACGAUGGUUUUCCCCGAACCAACUUCUUGGAGGAGGCACACAACAGCCAGGAGACUGAGAUGGAGGAAGAAUUUCCUGAUUCUCCUAUAGAGUUGCAUGGACUGCCCUGUCCUCCAGUUGCUCUGUACCAUGGUCCGACUUUCCCAACACAGCCGAGCCAGCCUAGUCCCCUCACCCAGCCCGUACUCGUGUCCAUCCAGCACAGAGAGACCCUGGAGAACAGACUUGUGGAUUGGGUGGAGCAGCAGCUGAUGGCAAGGAUGAUCAGUGGAAUGUUCCCUCAGCCAGUCCAUACAGACCCAGCCACCCAAUCAGAGACAGAGGCCAGUGUCACCUCAGACAUCACAGUGGAGACAGUGGGAGGAGUGCAGCUGGUUGUGGACGCUGGCAUGCCAGUGGACUCAGAGCUCAUCCGGCAGUAUGUGAAUGAGGUGCUGGCUGACAUAAUCGCCCUAACAUUGGGCCAGAGAGAGGGCCAGAGAGAGCAUCCUGCUCCAGCUUCAACACCGGAUACACAUAUUCAGCAGGAGAGAGCAGUACCGACACCAGUUCCCACUCCUGAGCCCAGUGUGAAAGAGAAUCCUCCAGCACUGAGGGAGGUGCCGUCUCCAAUCAGCACUCCAGAUCUCUCAGAGCAUCCUUCCCCUUCUCAAUCACCCAGAGAUUCCCAGCAUGCACAGCCUCAGCAGCCAGUUUUACCAGAAAAGGAUCCAGUGGAAACACCUAUAUGCACGCCAGUUUCAUCCCCCAGAAGGAUAACGACGCCAGAACCAGCAAACCUGCACAACCAUCCAUGGGGAUAUGCAGAACUUCCUCUUACAGAGGAGAAACCACACAGUGAGGGAGAGGAGCAGCAACCACUACCAGUCAGUGUACUGUCAGUAGCCCAUGAGGAGGAGGAAGAGGCAAUCAUGCAUCCAUUCUCUCCAGUUCCUCCCAAACCACAGAAUCCUCCAACUGUUGUAGUAGAGCAUACUGAACCUGCUCCUCCUGAGUCUCCGUCUGUGAAGGAGAACAGCUCACACUCCAGCACCUCCAUCACAGAGACUGAUACAGAGACUGCAGCUAGACACAUCUCUGAGGGAGAGAUGCUCCGCAGCUGCGGCCAGAUGGCUGCAGUCAGAGCUUUAGCAGAGGAGGGCUUCACUUUGCAGAACCUAAUGACAAGCUUCAACAGCUCACUGCAUGGAGUCCAAGAUAUGGAAUAUGAUCCUCCAAGUGAGGGUGAGGUGAUGAGAAGGCCACUUGUUUCUGCUCACCAUGACCCAAUCUUGUCACUGCUGGCCCGGAUGGAGCAGGGUCCAGUCAUCCAACCACAGCAGCAACCGGAGAGCUGGUGGGAUGAGGAGAGCAGUGGGGAGGUGAGCGAAGGGCAACGGCUAGUUCUGACUGAAGCACAGGAGAGAGUGGUGAUUGGACACUCUCUUAUCCCGCAGCAUCAGUCUAUCCAGCCCUCUGCAGAGCAGUCACCCCACGCUACCCUGAGUUCACCUGGGCAAGCACAAACUCAGCACAUAGGUGAAAAAGGUGCAGUAGCUAAGAAUGGCGGAGUGUCAGUUAACAUCUCCCUAUCAGCAGAGCACACAGAGUCUCCACAUGUCCUUCACUCAUUUACUGCAUCUUCCCUUCAGCCAGGAGACUACACACCUCAACAGGCUGUUGAGAUUCGACCGUUAGUACACAGACCGACUCCAAUACUGGUGAAGCAAUAUAAAAGCACAGAGGAGCCAGGAGCUGAAAAUGCUCAACGAGCAGGAGGAGGCCUGGAGCUAAUGUCAGCUCAGCUGCUGUCUGACCAAUGGGACAGUCAGUCUCCCACUAUCAGCACUGUAGAAGGCGAUUCAGACUCAUUCAGCGAAGUGUUCUAGCACCUGUGGAUCUUUCCCUAUGUCUCAUCUCCGGUUGGUCUCCGUGUGCAGGAGCUGGGGAAAUCUCUAUCAGACUGAAUGGCGCUGUGUGACCACUGUGAAGUAUUUAUCACUGUGCCUUGUGAAAGGAUAAAAUUAUAUUUCUUGUGUUAGUGUGAGAGUGUUUUGCUUAAUGUUUUUGGCACCACAUUUUCCAUAACAAGAUCUGCCUGGACAUAUGAUCCUGUGCCAUUCAGGUGGUUUUAAUUGUGUGAAAAGGAAAUGUGUGUAUUGUUAGUCAAACAUGAUUUUGCACUUUCAAACCAAUAAAUAUUUUAUCACUAAACAUCACUGUUUUUUUUUUUUUUUUUUUGUUCUUUUUUUAAAUAUCUGUUUCAUUGACAUUUUGAUUUUUUUUUUCCAUCCACAUUGACCCUUAAUUUAAUGUCAUUGCGAUUUCCAGAAAUGGUUAUAUCAGGUCAAGAGUUUGUGUUGGCUCUCAAACACAUGGCUACGUGGCAUGUACCCUGCUGUGGUAAUGGCCGUGCAGAACAUUAAAUUACAUGACUGGGUUUCACCUCAUUACUGCCAGGCUAUUAUUCCUCUAGAGAAUGCAGUACAGUUUAUCAGAUGUUGCUUUGCAGCCUACUGCAGUGAUGAUGCCAGUCUAAUGAGCAUCCUGUUUAUUUUCCAGCAGUUCAGCCAAGAUAAAGAAGGCCUCAAGUCUUCACCAGCAAAUUGAAUAACAAUGUUGGCAGUUAAGGCAAUAAUGAGUGGAGUUUCUCACUUAAGGUGUGAACAUUUACAUAUAGAAACAUAAGCAGCCAGUGUGAGAAAAGCUUUGUAUCUGACCAUAAUGUAAAUUUUUAUAUAUAAUUUCAAGACAUUCUACAACCUAUAAAGCAUAUUUCUCAUACUGAAGAUAGCUUUAAGUACAUUAUGAAUGCGCUUUUUCCUGCUUAUUCCAGAUUUUAUCAAGAAAACUGGUGAUAUGGGUUAUGGCGAUAAACUUCUGUGGUCUAUACUAACCCUGCAGGAAUGAAGUUUUUUGUUUGUUUGUUUGUUUGUUUUACAGUUCUCCAGCCUCUUGUCUGAUAAAAGGAGAGGAUCUAGUGAGAGAGGAAGUGACAGGUUUGGAUGUGAUACAUGUGGUAAAGUGAGACUGACCAGCACUCCACAUACCACAACAAAAUUGCUUAGUGUCAGCAUGCUUUAUUUUAAAUAAAUCUAUUGUAUAAAAUGUGGUUGUGGUGCUGAUGUCUUUCUCAUUUUUAACAUACAUAGACAGAUAUUCUCUAUGAUGCUAAGCAGCUGUUGCUCUGAUAUAACUUCUAUGUAUAAAAUCUAUCUAAUUGGUAUUUUCUGUGUCUCUUAUUCUGCUCAUACACUGUUUAAUUUAAAGUAUUAUUAAUAGUUUUUUCAAAGAGCUGGCUAUGUGUUGAGCACUGCAUUAAAGCCAAAAUAUUGACGGAUCAGCCCGCUAUUGAAAACCCAGCCUUGAUCUGUUUGAUUUGAUUAUAAUGAGCAAGCGGUGAUUGAGAGGGCCGGAUCAAGUUGGUCUACAGAAGAGAAGGGAGCCACUUUUAAAAACCCCAGUGCUGGCCUGAUAUCACACACACGCUCUUAAAUGUUUUCUAAAGACUAGGUUAUGAGCCAAGAGUGCAGUCAGUUCAUAUCCUCCCCUCCUCCUAUAGCUUUCUUAAAAAAAAAAAAAAAAAAAAACCCUUUCAGUUCCAGUUAGCCAGCUGUUUAUCAAAGCCAGAUGUGUCAGGCAGGAAGCUGGCGGAAAUCGAGCGUGACAUUGACCACUCUUCUCUUGCACGAUGGAACACUGGGAAGACACCAAAAAAAAAAGACUUCACCUCUC